AUGAAUGCUUCCAUCUGACUCGGGGAUUUUACUUUCUCUUUAUUUUUUAUUGGCCAUUUUUUUUGGCCUUUAGUUUGGGACGCCUUUCAUUUUGGAAACAAAGCGGGAAGCAACAUGCCGGAACAAUCUUUAAUUAUUAAUGAAAUUAAUGAAACGAGUGAAGUAAACACUGAAAAUAAUGCAAAAGAUGUAGUACAAAAAGAGGAAACCACAACGGAAACGAAGGAAACUACUCCGGUGGAAUCUACCCCGACUGAAACCAAACCAACUUCCAGCUAUGAUCUCAACAAGUUUCAACUCCAAAGGAUACUGAACAACAAUACACGAAAUAAGAGUAUAGCUCUAUUGGGAAGUUUUCCCAGUGUUUCAGAAACCGACAGUGCAAUUGUUAUUUUGGAAAAGCAGGCAUUCCGGGAAACGGAUGUUUCUACUAGCAAUACAGCUGAGGGUAAAGAUAAGGUGGGUGAAAGCGAAAAUGGCACUAAGGAGGAAGAGGUGCACGGUCGUGUUUCAUAUUUUGGCAAUGACCUAAAGGUGCAAACGCAUUUCAUUAACAAUGUAUAUGGGAGCUAUCAGUGUACGCCGCCGGCUGAAUUGAAUGGUGUAAAGGCCACUGUAGUCUAUCCUGCCACUGAUAAGCACAUUGAAAAGUAUUCCAUUUGCCAAAAAUAUGUCAUCAAUGAAACUCCUGAAUAUUAUAAGGAUAUUACACUGCCCUAUAUAACAUCAUCCCAGUUCUCCUUAGAGUGGGUCUACAACAUUCUGGAGCAUAAACAAGAAACCGAACGCAUCAUCUACGAGGAUCCCGAUAAGGAGAACGGUUUCAUCCUGCUGCCAGAUCUCAAAUGGGAUGGUCGUAAUGUUGAAACCCUAUAUGUUUUGGCCAUAACCCAUAAACAUGACAUCAAAUCGCUGCGUGAUCUCAAUGCCUCACAUUUACCUCUGCUACGUAAUAUACGUAAACGUUCAGCAGAAGCGCUAGAAAAACGUUAUGGCCUGGCUGCAUCCCAACUGCGUAUGUAUUUCCAUUAUCAGCCAUCGUUUUACCACUUACAUAUCCAUAUAAAUCCCGUGCGCAAUGAUGCUCCCGGUAUUUGGUGUGAAAAAUCCCAUAUGCUCGAUACGGUUAUUAAUAAUUUGGAAUUAAUGCCGGACUAUUAUGAACGUGCAACUCUGCCAUUUGUUUUGUAUGAUGGCAAUAAGUUAUUGGAGUUGUAUGAGGCUAAAAUCAGCAUACGAAAGGCAGCAAAACGUGCGGCGACAGCAGCUGCCGAUGUCAAGGAAGAUGAUACAGAGGAGGGGUUGGCAGCUAAAAAGCCAAAACUUGAUGAGGAUGUUGUUAAAACUACUAUUGAAGAAAAGACAAAUGAUGAGGAGGCGACAAGUGCAUCAUAGGAGGCUGUAAACACUGUUCGAAUUUAAGAAUAAAAUAAAAUCUGGACUAUGCGACAA